UUUACAACUCUGUGAGAGGGUUGCUUGUGUAUUUCUUGUGAAAAAAAUUAAUAAAAAACAAUUUAAUGAAAAUUCAUGAAAAUCGCAUAGAAAUAAAUUAAUACACAAUGAUCAGCGAUACCUAAGUUAAUAUUUAACAGUAAAAAACAAAGUAAAAGCUUUAAAAAAUUAAAUAAAUAUCUCGAUUUUCCAUAAGUUUGUACGGACCCGUAGUAGGAAAAAAAAGAAAACACACACAUACCGAGUAGUAAGAGAGACAGGAUUCACAAUGGAACGUUUUGCUAUAAAAAUCGACAAAAAACUUAAGGCAAAUUUAUAUAAAAUAUGUCGUCUUUGUGGCAUAGAUAAUCCAGACAUGGUGCCAAUACUCACGGAUAAACCCGAAAAUACGGCAAUUGAUGUGGAGGCUGAAAUGGAGAUGGCUGAAAAGAUAAAUUUACUGCUUGGUCUAUCGGUAACAAAGGAUGAUAAAAUGCCACAGAGUAUGUGCUAUUUGUGUGUGGAUAAAAUCAAUGACUUCUAUGAGUUUCGUGAAAUGUGCUAUUCCACAAAUGCCCAAACUCGCAAACUAUUAGGCUUAAAAAAUGUCAAAAAGCCGACUGUGGAUAUAAAACCCAAAGUAGAGAUAAAAGAAGAAUCUAUAGUACCGACAAAUAAUACUGCAAACAACUUUGCUGCUAAUAAUAAGGCAAAUCGUAAGCGCAAACCCGAAGAAGUGGCUUUAAAGGAGGAAAUACCUGCAACACCAGUUGUUUUACCCAAGAAAAAAUUACGUUUCACUGCAGCGGCAGAAACCAGUAUUAAGGAGGAAGUUCCAAUGAUAACUAAGAAAAAGUUAAGAUUUACCGCAAUAAAUGAUGAAGCAACUUCAACGGCAGCUGUUGGUAAUAAGAAAACAAAAACUACUCUUAUUGAGGAGAGUAAAUGGAAAAAGGAAUCCUCACCGCCAGAGCCAGCAAUAACGGCUGCGUUCAGUAAUAAGAAACUAAAAAUGUCAGCGCCUUCACCAAAAGAAUUGGCUGCUAAGAAAACCAAACAGAAAUUUGGUAAAGCCGCUGAGUUAGAUGUUAAAGAAGAAAUCAAAGAGGAACUCAAAGAAGAAGAAGCCUCUGCUUCAGCAGCAAAGAUACCGCCUGGCCCAAAACUUAAAUUCGGCUGCAAUAUUUGCAAGGAACGCUUUGCUGCUAAAAAUAAUCUUGAUGCCCAUACACGUACCAUGCAUAUACCUAAAAUUGAACGUUUUGUUUGUACCGCUUGCAAUGAGGUGCUCAGCAAAAGUUUCGAUAUUAAAAAUCAUCAAUUGUGGCAUAAACUUUCUAAAACACCUUAUGUUUGCGGCUGCUGCGGCGAGUCUAUAUUAAAUACGUACGCAUUUUCAAGACAUUUACGUGAACAUGCAUUCGAAACACCACCAGCUCUACUCGUUUUAGAUCGUGAAUGUCCCCAGUGUCACACUUCGUAUGCUACGAAUUAUCUCUACAAUAUCCACAUAUGUGCUGUGAAAACAAAACGUUGUGCUGGAUGCAAUCGUUUACAGCGUAAUGAUGCCGAAUAUAUAAAACAUUCCGCACAGUGUGCCAAAGUUUACUUAAACUAUUCGAAACAUAUUAUGCCCUCAGUGGAGGCAUUAGAGGAUGCGGUGCGCAUUAAAAAUGAAAAUGAUGUUGAAGCGGCUGCCGAAGAAAUGGCACGCCUCAGCGGAGUACCGCUGGAUAUGGCUCCAGUGGUGCAGUUAACGAGAUUAUCAUCACCUAUCAUUAUGGCAGCUAAUCAAUGUGUCUCAUUGACGGGUCUGGAUGAUGCCGCCAGUACAAGCAGCAAGAGGAGUGGCAAAAAGGGUGUUUCGAAGAAAGAUUUAAAACGUGUUGAUGAACUUUUAAAGUCAACCUUAGAUGCUUUGGUUAGUAUUAAACAUGAACCGGAGGUGCAUGUGGAACCGGAAACACCCUGUGCUGGUGUACACAGUGAUAAUGAGUCUCAUAUGUCAGAUCAUAUUGGUGGCCUAGAUGAUUAUCAUCAUAAUGCUGAUGAUUCAGAUUAUGAAAAUGAACCAGCAAAUACAGCUGCUGCAAGUAUUGCUCCCAGUAGCGAAACUUAUUUGGCCAACGAAACAACAUCAGUGGAACAAAUUAAAAUUAAACAAGAAAUUGAUGAAAUAAAUGAAGAAAAUGCCAAUAAGAUUGGUGGUGGUGGCCUUAAAUUGAAAAUUAAAAAGGAACAUGGCCAAUUGAAUUCAUCUAUUAUAGAACAACAGAAAUCCUCUGAGAAACGAGCCGAAAAACGUAAGAAGAAAAAGAAACAUAAGGAUAAAGAGAAAGAAAAACAAAAAUUGUCUAAGGAAUUGCAGGACGAACAAAUGUCACAAGAUUCCAAUGGCCAUAAUAAUACAGAAGAUAAUAUGGCAGCUGCAACAACAAUACGUAUUAAAACUGAACCUCAAGAUGGAACAGAUGUGGCAGAUAUACAAUCUGUGGCUAGCACUAUACAAAUUAGGCCACAACCAGAGGCUACAAUCAUGACGUCUAUACCAAUGAUGCAAUUUCAAAUUGCUUGUGUCUCGAGUGGCGUUGAGUUUAAUGGUGGAGCCGCCAGUGCAGUUGUUGAAACAUCACAAAGAAUGGCAUCUACAAAUCAUGAAGUUGAACCUGAAGAUGUUAAACCAAAUCGUGAAGAGUUGGAUCGUAUGAUGAAAAUAUCACAUGUAAGUAGCGGUAUUGCCAUGGAAACAGAUGACAAGGAAGAACAACACAUGGAUCAUGAUGGCAAUGAUGAUGAAGGCAAUGGUGGUGAUGUGGAUGAAGGAGAAGAAACAGAUUAUCACGAAGAAAGUAAUGAAGAUGAUCAUCAUGAUGAUGACAAUGAAUCUACACAACAACACCAACAUAUUGAUGAGGAUCAGGAGGCAGAAGAAGAGGCAGAGGAUGAACACGAUAAAGACAUAGACAAGACAUCAGAGGAUACAGGAAUUGACAAUGAGUACAUCAUUGCUAAGAAGAUAAAGAAACCAUUAAAUAAAAAUAAACUAACUUCAAAACCUAAAGUGAAACAUACGCCAAGCCUUACAAAAAGUCGCAAUAAGGCGUGUAAAUCUACAGCAAAACCUUCCAAUAUGCCUGUUUUACAAAUUACUGCCGUACGCAGUGGUGUAACAUUGGAGCCUACAGCUUCCUGCGCAAGCGACUUUAUUCCUAUAUUUAUUAAGCCAGAACCUCAAAAUCGUGGUUAUUCCGAUGAACAACCUUUAGUAGAAACGCCAACACAAAUCCAAACAGUUCAACCUCAAGAGCUAACUGAUGAAUUAUCGAAUACUCAUACUAUUGAGGAAAAGAGUUAUAUAUCAUCUAUAGAUUUUAAUAAUAUAACAAUUAAACAAGAGAAGGAUAUUGAAAUCAAUGACGUACACAUCUCGCAAAAAUCUGUUAAAUCUUAUGCAGAUUUCAAUGGCAUUAAAAGAAAACGCAAGCCACAACGUCGUACACAUGGUAUUAAGGAUAGAACUUUAAAGAAAGAUGAAAAGUUGGCAAAUACUGAAGAAAAUAUGGAGGCUGAUGAAGAGCAUGCUACCGAUGAUGAAGUUGAUGAGGAAGAAAACGAUAAUGAAGAAGAAACUGAGGAGGUUGAAGAAGAGGAGGAGGAGGACGAUGAGGAAGAAGAGGCUGAGGAAGAAGAGGACGAAGAAGAGGUUGAAACUGAUUUUGAAGAAGAAAGAGAGUACCGUGAAUUGGAAUAUCCACCUGCACUGGAAAAAGAAGCUGCUAAUGAAACGGAAGAAAAGCAAAAUGAAGAUCCAAAAACUAAACCAAUUUCAGAAAAGCAAAUGGAUGUUAGUGUUAAGGAAAACAUGUCUGACAGUAAUCAAGUCAAAGAAAGUAACAUGCCUCAACCCUCCUUUGUUAUAGCAAGUGUGUGCAGUCAAGUAGCAAUUGGUUCCUCAGAGGAUAUUCAUAAAUCAACUGGUGGCAUGGAUAAUAUGAAACAUACACAAGGAAUAAACAAUCAUAAUGAUAAAUUACUUAAGGAGGCAGAGAAUGAUCCUAACAAAUCUCAGACAUUAGAAAUAAAUCAAGAUUUAAAGAAAGCUUUAGGUGCUUCGGAAAACAGUAAUAUAACAAUGCAAACGCCAAGUAUAGGAAUUUCUAAUGCAGCCAUGACAUUUAAUGGACCACAAAUUGAAAAUACUCAACUAUUUCUAACAACACUGCCUUCAACAGACCAGCAGGAGAAUAUACAAACCAGUGAAAUGUCUUUACAAAUUGGACAACCAUUUGAGUUGAGAGCAGACCAAGAAAUUACACAAGCCCCACAAUUAACGCAAAAUGUUGUCGAAUCAUUACCAUCUCAUGCUCCCCUUACACAAACAGACCAGUUGGAUAUAAUUCAUACUCAAUGUGCCGAACAAAUUUCUCAAGAAAAUAUAGUAUCACAAGCAAAGAGUCAAGAAAAUCCCCUAAACAAAGUAGAUUCACAAGGAAUUCAACAAUUAGAACAAGAAAAUAAAGCCCGAGAUCAACAACAACAUCCCCAAUCUCAUACAUCACAAGAUCUGCAACCAGUAUUUAAAAUUAGUUCCAUAACAUCUGCUGCUGCUCUUGAUGUAACACCACAAGUGAGUAAUAAUCCUUCAAGCAAUAAUAAUGAUGAGCAGGAAAUGUUGAAAGACAAUCAAGAUGAAACGGCGACCAUUGAAGGUGUUGUAGAACAAGCUAAAGAACUUAAUUUAGAAGCACAACCCGUCACAGCAGAAAUACCACAAAACUUGCAUGACAAUGAGGUUGAUGAUGAUAAUUAUGAUAAUGAAGAAGAUGAUGAGGACGAGGACGAGGAAGACGAUGUUAAUGAAGAUGAAAAUGAACUAAAUGAUGGGAAUAAUGUUAACGAUGAUGAUUCCAGCACAUUGUGCAACAACAAUUUAGAAGAACGUCAAAAUUAUCAAAAUCAAGAAGUUUUAACACAAAUUCGACCAGCAGCCUUAUCAUUACAUCCAUAUUUGGAAGAUAUAUCAUCGAGUAGUAAUAGUUUGUUAAGUAAUUCUUUAUCACAAACACCACCACCAACAGUAACAUCAUUAUCAAUAUCUUCGCAGCCAGUAUGCAGUACAACAGUAGCGUCAGCGAGUGCUGAACGACGACUUUUAAACACUGAAGAGACUGAAAAUAUUUUAAACGAAUCAAGUGAUGCUCUCAGUCGUCGUUCAUCGAUAGUGGCGGCAACAUCUGCAGCCGCUACUGUAGGUCAACCACUAACGCCAUCACAUUUAGCUCAACAACUACCGCCUCAUAUGCCAACAUUUAAUUUUGAUAAUAUCAAUGAAAUUGCUGAAAAUAAUAAUAAUGCCAAUAUUGAAAGAGAACAACUGCAAGAUGGACAACAUCACUACCACCAGCAGCAGCAGCUGCAGCAACAGCAGAAUCAGCAACAAACAAGAAAUACCCAAUAAUGUAAUAUAAAAUAUUUUAGAUUUUAAGUAAAUCUUGCCCUUUUUCCCCUCUUCCCCUAGUUUGCACCAAAACAAUUCACUUUUUCUUGGAAACCUUUUUAUACAAAUUAUAAUUAUAUUUUUUAAUUUACUUUUAAUUUUUUUUUUACAAAACUAAUUUAAAUAAUCAAAAUUAUUUAAAAAAUAUUCGAAAUAAAUUAUUGUAUUGUAAAUUGUACACUUAAGAUUAUUAAUUAUAUACUAUUUAUAAUGACAUCAUAAUUUUGAAUUUAAUAUUGCCGCAAACCCCUUAAAUCAUUAUAAGAAAAUCUCAUUUGAAAAUUUUCAUUUUAUUUCGUUUUUUUUAAUAAUUUUUUUUAACAUUAUUUUAAUUGUAUAGUUUGUAAUAUUUU